UUCAUGGGGUGGGUGGACUGCCUACAAUCCCGACCAAUUUAUUAUUAUAUUGCUCCAAAGGAACUGAAGAAUUCCAUGGGAUAUUUAGAAUCACUAGAAAAAUUAAAGCACCACCGCACUCAUCAGCGGGAGAGAAUAUAGCAUGGUCUGUACAACAGACAACGAUCGAUGACCUCAUCCACGGAUGUCUCUCCAGGUUUGGAGGCGCAAGCUAGUUAAGUUACAUAAGCAAGCUCCAGGUCAGGUCACGGGGUCCUCUCCCCAACUGCUCCCGGUGCUGCAACCUCUUCUUAGUCUAAACCCCCCCAGCCAUCCCUUUUUCUUGUUCGUUUUCUUUUUUUUCUUUUUUUUUUUUUUCUUGGGUUCCUGACCAAGGCCGUUAUUCCAUUCAAUCCCGCGUACUCCGUAUUCCCGCUGUCAAUUGCGUUGUGAUUAUCGUCGCCAGCAGCCAGACAACCGCGCCCAACCCCCCCCCGUCGCCUCGUUGGGUUGUGUUGGUCUGAUCUUGACCUGAUUAAUCGAGGAAAGCGAGAGACAGACAGACAGAGAGACAGAACGCGCUGCAACGUGGCACCCGUCGUCUCUCGGCCUGGCGCAUCACCGACCCAACUCCGCCAACACCGCCACGCCAACUCCUCUCUCGUCUCUAUCUCAACAACCAUCGCCCCUUGUCUUGCAUCCCAUCUCUUCUCGCGCCUCUUGACUUAAAAGCAACAUUCUAUUAAUCUAUAAUCUUCUUCUCUCCUCCACACUGCCCGGCCGCCAGUCACCAUGCGCUCCCUUCCAAAGAGAAUCAACCCUCUCAUCCUGCCAGAAGUUUCACCACCAUAUGAAGAUCUUCUAUCGCGCCGUCGACUGGGUAAGACAAAUCUAUCAGUCAAACCCGGCCAGAUAGGUACAUCUAGCGCGACCAAGCCCGAGAACCUGGGAAUGUUCGAGUAUGCACACUUGAGAGCGCCGUUGCCCAAGGAUCUAAAGGGCUCGGAAAUCUUCUCUUCCCAAGCGCCACAGCAAAAUCCAGAGGCUUAUUUUCUGAUGCGACGAAGCAAGGAUGGUUAUGUUAGCGCCACGGGCAUGUUCAAAAUUGCAUUCCCCUGGGCGAAGCACUCUGAUGAGAAAACUGAACGGGAGUACUUGAAGAGUAGAACAGAGACCAGUGAAGAUGAGGUCGCUGGGAAUGUGUGGAUCUCUCCUGAUCUAGCACUCGAAAUCGCAAAGGACUACGGCAUGUUUGACUGGGUUCGAGCUCUUCUGGAUCCAACGGAAAUCGUACAGAACGGAACGAGCCCGGAGAAACACAUCUCCCCUCCACCAAAAUUCGAGCUGCCACCAAUUGAUUCCUCUGCAUUUGCGCCACCCCAGCCCAUCGCCCGCAGAACCCGCAGAUCCGUGUCUCCCUCGAAAAUGGCUUCGCCAAAGAAGAGUACUGCUGGUCGCAAACUUCGACAAACCCGUGCGCAAAAGGAGGCUGCCAGCGCCGCAAGCUCAACCGCUGCCAAUGCCUCCCUCCAAAGCACCUUGGAUGCCGCCGCGUCGACGGUGUCAACGACAUCGUCAGCCUCCGAGGAUAAAUUACAGCAGACAAACGGCGCUGAAGAACCCACUUCCAGAGUCCACGGGGAGGAGGAAGAAGACCAAGAGUCAAAAUACGAGAUACCAGUCAAGAAAUCCAAAGAUCGCGCCCAUCAUAUUGUUAACAAAUCCGUCAAAGCGAUGGAAGCUACAGUUGAAUAUGCAGUCGGAGGUAAAGAAGACCGCGUGGAAACUCGACGUGUGGAUUUUGCGCCCCGUAUCCUCCCAGAGGUAAAUCCGGCGGAAGAUUCGGAACGGAUGCUCGCUGAGGCGAAGAAGAUGGUGGCUGACGCUGCGAACCUUGAGAACAAUAAGAAUGGGGAGGAAGAGGAGGAGCAAAAAGCUGAGCCCUCAUCGUCACCGUCGUCACCUUCGAAGAAACGGGGUAUGGCUAUUCGGAAGCGGAAGGCCGAGGAAGAAGCUUCCUCUGCAGAAGAGGAGGGUGCAGAAGACUCGAGUGAUGCUGCUGCGGCUUCGGAACAGGAUGCUACACCUGCUCAGCCAGCUAAGCGGGCCAGACUACUAGAAGAUAAACUACGGCGGGAGAGAGUGCGGAAUCGCGCACUUGUUGGGGUUACAGCUACAUUGGCACUCGCUGCGGCAAUACCAUACUUCUUCUAAUAUAUUGUAAAUAACUUUUCCUUUGUUAUGUUUUCUUUUUACGUUACUUGUUUUGGUUUCCUUCCCUGUUGAAGCAAGGAGAAGGAAAAGAGAAGUGGGUAAGAUAUACCACUUCUUACGUUCACACUGCAUACAUAUAUACAUCCGACCGUUCGCUCUCCCCCACCCGCCACAGCACGCCACAGCCGGCUCUCCUACCAAGGCGGCAGGCCACAUUUCAUUCUUUCGUCUUUUUUUGAAACCUAAUAUCCCCAUUCCCAUUCCCAAUCCCCUUGUUAUAUUACUGAGAAAAUAGCGUAGCCUUUGCUCCUUUUCUUAUCUCUUGGUAUUAUCAAUCCCCACAACCACACCCACACCCGCUUCCACACCACCGCUCCCACCCCCUCCCCGUUGCGCUUACCAUCUCCUUCAUCCACACCUCCCCAAAUUUCUCUGUUACACCAUUCCGCCCCGUUCCUAUUAUAAAAUUAUUAAAUUUGGCUACUGUUUACCAAUUAACCCAAGAAAUUAUUUUUGCUUCUUUUUUUUUUUUUUUUUUUUUUUUUUUUUUUUUUUUUUAAUCCCAAUCAUUUCGUUUGUUUUUUUAAAGGAUAAGGUCUAUUAUUGAAAUCCUUUUAUCCUUUUCAAAUUCAGGUUUAUUCUUCUUUUUAUAUCUUUCGAUUCUUCUCUUUUUAGGUACUAUUUUAUUUUACAACAUAUAUUUCUCUUCUUCUACUUUUGCGGCAUCAUCCCGUCCAAUCUGGCUUUGUUUGGCUUUCUCUAGGCGCUAUCAAAUUUUUGUUGUCUUCCCAUCACUGAACACUAAAAACUGCCACACAUUCAUUACCACGUCAUUAUUACAUCCCAACUUCAAGUUCAACUUUUGUCCCAUUCUGCUCAUGCCAAAAUUCCAGUUGAUAAUUUUCCCCAGAUAUAUACAACCCACUCCUUUCCUUUCUAUAAAAAAAAGAUGGUGUAAAAAAUUGGUUUUUGUGAGUCUGUUUGGAACCUCGUGGCUUUCCCCCCCCCCUGUUUUUACCCCGUAUCAUACUUUGGACCCGAUUUUGCGUCCUGCACAAUCACUUCGACUACCAGGCUUUUUGCGUCCUGAGUGGAAAAAAUUGGGAUACUGAACUUCUUUGAGAAUAACCCUUCUCUCUCUUUUCUCUCGUUUACAUCAUGGAUGGUGGACGGGGGCCUUUGCUCGCCUUCAUUUUUAUCUGUCCAGAACUGAGAAUUGAUUGGAUUGAUUGAAUGCGCAUGAUUAGGCAUGGCAAUGGCAAUGGCAAUGGCAUGGCUAUCCCAUCCCCCCAUAUGCGCAGGAUCUAAGCUUUGAAUAUUAUUGUGCUGUGUGUACGGAAGUAAAUCUAUAAGCUUCUUAGACUUUUGCCGGGUUCAUCUUUGGCUGGUUGGAUCGUACGGAGUAUAUGGGCGGGAAAGGGGUUACGGUCUUCUUGUAAAUUGUUGGUUAGCUCAUAGGUGUGUGCUGCUGUCAGCAAUUCUCAGUUGCUCACUUUUGCUCCUGCGUUUCGCUUUUUCGUAAGUAUUGGGCUGGUUAGAGGUUGUAACAGGUGUACUUUGGUAUGUAUGCAGAGCGCGCGGACCAGAUUAGAUUGAUAAGAUAGGUUAUCCAGCUGUUGGACGAACCAAACAGGGCAAACAUGAC